UGCUUGUCAGAAUGUUAUGGAACAAUUCAAUCCCGGGCUACGAAAUUUAAUCAACUUAGGAAAAAAUUACGAAAAAGCUGUUAAUGUGGUUUGCUGGUUUGGAUGGAUUGCCCUGGAGGAAGCUGGCAUACAUCUGCACAUGCAUUGCCUACUACAAGCUAUGAUCCUGGCGGGGAAAGCCUACUACGACGGAGUGGCCAAGAUCGGUGAGAUUGCCGCUGGGUCCCCCGUGUCGACCGAGCUGGGCCGUGUUCUCAUAGAGAUUUCGAGUACCCACAAGAAACUAAACGAGAGUCUGGAUGAAAAUUUCAAAAAGUUCCAUAAAGAGAUUAUACGUGAGCUGGAGAAGAAGACAGAACUUGAUGUCAAAUACAUGAACGCAACUCUCAAAAGAUACCAAGCAGAACACAAGAAUAAAUUAGAUUCUUUGGAGAAAUCUCAGGCUGAAUUGAAGAAGAUCAGAAGGAAAAGUCAAGGAGGACGAAAUGCACUCAAAUAUGAACACAAAGAAACCGAGUACGUAGAAACCAUUACUUCUCGCCAGAAUGAAAUCCAGAAAUUUAUUGCAGAUGGCUGCAAAGAGGCUCUCCUUGAAGAGAAAAGGCGCUUCUGCUUUCUGGUCGACAAACACUGUAGCUUCGCAAGUCACAUACACCAUUACCACUUACAGUCUGCAGAAUUGAUCAAUUCCAAACUGCCUAAGUGGCAGGAAACGUGUGGUGAUGCCACCAAAGUACCAGAGAAAAUCAUGAAUAUGAUCGAAGAAAUUAAGACCCCAGUGUCCACCCCAGUGUCCGGAACGCCUCUGCCUUCGCCCAUGAUCGAGAGAAGCAGCUUGGUUGGGCGAGAUUAUGACACCCUUGCUAAAUAUUCACCAAAGAUUCCCUCGGCCCCUUCAUCCAGAGCCACUACCAGCCCUUUGAUUGAUAUGUUUAAUAACCCAGCAACGGUUGCACAGAAUUCAGAAAGAAGAAAUAAUUCAACAGAUUCUUCAGAUGACGCCAGUUUACAGCGAUCAGUUUCUGUUGCAACUGGGCUGAACAUGGUGAAAAAGCAAAAAGUGAAAACCAUUUUUCCGCACACUGCCGGCACUAACCAGACCUUACUUAGCUUCCAGCAAGGAGACGUCAUCACGCUGCUCAUCUCCGAGGAGAAAGACGGCUGGCUUUACGGAGAGCAUGACACCACCAAAGCGAGGGGCUGGUUCCCAUCCUCGUACACGAAGGCGCUGGAGGAGCCCACGCCGGAGGCCGCGAGCGCACCCGCGCCGAGCUCGGCACCGGUGCGGAGUGUGAGCACCGUGAACUUGGCUGAGAAGAGCAGUGUGGUCAUCCCCCCACCUGACUACUUGGAAUGUUUGUCCGCGGGAGCAGCUGCAGAUAAGAAAGUGGAUGCUUCCCAGAACACUUGUGCCUUUAAAGCACCGGUGUCCAAACCAGAAACCGUGUCGUCUCCCAGUGAUGCAAACGGGAUUGCAAAGCCUCCUUUCCUCAGUGGAGAAAACCCCUUUGCGACUGUGAAACUCCGACCGACGGUGACAAAUGAUCGAUCAGCACCAAUCAUUCGAUGAAAAGGUGGCCAGGGAAGUCUCCCGGUUCCACAUUCAGUUCUCACUUGCAGGAUGAUUGGUAUAUGUGUUUGAUAAGUGCUAUGCUGUUGGAAAGCUUCACCAGAGGGUGCCUGAUUUUAAAUGUAUCACUAGCAAAUCAAUUCAUUGUCUAAUUUAACAUAGUUGGGUUUACGCAUUCCUGUCUUUAAGAUGAAUCAGGAAUAGUUUAGUCGAUCAUUCAAAACAUUUUCUUCCUAUUCUGUCCAAAAACAGAUUUGGUUCUAAUCCUUACUGUAUCAUUUUUUAAAAUAGUCUAUGAUUAUUUUUUUAAUAGCCAGAAUAAGGGAUAGUCUGUGCUUUCAUGACUGGCUUUCUGCACCUGAAUGCAAAUGAGACCACAGUUUUAUUUUAUAAAGCAUGUGCUCUUAAACAGCAUUAUGAUGUUUGAAGAAAAUACUGUAUAAAUUUGCAUCACAGCAUGCAAAUUAAUUUUAAGCAAUAUAAAUUAUGAGACUGUAUAAAACUUAAUUUUUUAACUUAAAACUUUUUGUUUAAUCACAUGUAGGAAUCCCCAACUUUCCGCAAUUUAGACAUAACUGAAGAUACAGCACUGAGACAUUCGCCUGUCCCUAUCUAUCACAGCCACAUUAGUACUUGAACAAUUUCUAAGAGGUACUGAAUCUGGUAGUUCUGAGUUACCAUCUGGACUGACCGAUGGAAACAUGCCAGGCACCACACGCGGGCCUGGCCCGUGGGGUAACCGUGCAUCUGGGGCUCCCCGUGUGGAAACUUGCUAAGCUAGUUGACCAAAGCUGCCUCUGUCACUAACCUACUCUGAAACCUCUCGGGUUGCAGGGCUCUCCACUUUUGAAUCAGGUACUGAAACUGCACUCAGCCCUUGCUGAGCCGGGAGGACCUGGGGGGGGCGUCAGGGGUGGCUGCAUUUCAGCUGAGACCCACCACGGCGCACGCGGAGCCUGGGCUCCUGCGGGAGGGACUCGGAGCCUGCGGCAGGGAUUGUCUCCGGAUGUCAGGGACUAGGCCCAACCUGGAGGAGUGGAGGACCCUGAUGAAAACCCACACCCGGGCCAUUCCCUGUGUGUGGCGGGGAAGGGGGCUUAUCACUGAUCACAGCUCCUUUGGUUUUGCCAUGAAUGUUACCAUUUUUCUGUAAGCUUGAAAUUGGUCAAGGCCAAAUACAGUGAACCCAUGUAAGCGUGACACACUCGAGGUUCUGGAUCCCAUCCACCUCCUGGCUGGGUCGGCCAUACAGGUGACCCCGCCACCAACAGAGAUGACGCAGGACUACGAGGGCUCCUGGGACCCAGGCUCAGGCCACGUGUCAACACCACACCUGCCUGGAGAUGCUUCAGCCGCAAAGAGAACAGUCGAAUCGAAUUUAGUCACAUAGGCCCACCGCUCCUCUCACCAUUUUAGAGUCAGGUUCACAGAAGCCCUUUGUUGUCUACAGUAUGUGGGGGCGGUGAGGUGUCAGCUCUGAAAGUGCUAAUAAGGGAGGGAGGGGGAAGGGUGUCCCACUGUGGCCCCGGCCUCCAGAGCGCCAUGGCUUGGGGUCUUCUGGCUGUGUUACAGGGUUGUGGCAGGUCCUGGGGUUACUGGGCUGUGUGCAGGCCCGCCUGGCUCACCCACCGGUCUACACCUCCACAGAAGGACUACCGUGGGCGCUCACCUGCCUCACACAGGAUGGCAGGGCUUGCCUUAGCUCCUGGGCACUGAGGGGCAUGCUCUAUAAAUGUCAAGGUAUUAUGUUUCAUUACAACAAUAAAAACCUGAAAACACGUA